GGGAAUUCAGGGCGCGGUUUAAUGAGGCUUGCUAUGAAAACGUUCAUCAAUUAUCGACGGCGACGGCUGGCUUGUUUACGGCACCGCGGACGCAUUUAGACUCUGUGACAUUACUCCCCUUUAGCGCAUAUAGCACACUCGUUGCUUACGUAAGAGCCCAUAUCCAGGCAAUUUAUAAACUUUGAGGUCGACUAUUGUCAAGUGGAUAACCACCAUUCUAUUUUAAACAGUUCGCAAGUAUACUAGUGACAAAAAGACUGAAUUUCCUGAAGUGUUAAACUAACUCGAAAACCAUGUCCAAUCAUGGCCGUACCGACUCGUACCGCGUCGCCACCAUUGGACCCAUUAAGGACGAUAAUAGAACCGCUGACGGACAGUACAAGACACGCCGGAAACCACCCGCGAAGAAACGGAAAGCAGGAGACCUAGAUGAUCUCAAACAGGAGUUGGAUAUCGAUUUUCACAAAGUAACACCGGAAGAGCUCUACCAAAGAUUUCAGACACACCCAGAAAAUGGCCUUAGUCACGCGAAAGCGAAAGAAAACCUUGAAAGGGACGGUCCAAACGCACUUACGCCGCCAAAACAGACACCUGAAUGGGUAAAGUUUUGUAAAAAUCUGUUCGGAGGUUUCGCGUUAUUAUUGUGGAUUGGUGCUAUUCUUUGCUUUAUUGCCUACGGAAUUCAGGCUAGUACUGUUGAAGAACCUGCAGAUGACAACUUGUACCUCGGCAUUGUAUUGGCGGCUGUCGUGAUCGUUACGGGUAUUUUCUCAUACUAUCAGGAAAGCAAGUCAUCGAAAAUCAUGGAAUCGUUUAAGAACAUGGUACCCCAGUUCGCUACCGUCAUUCGUGAAGGCGAAAAGUUGACACUGCGUGCUGAAGACUUGGUACUUGGCGAUAUCGUUGAGGUUAAAUUCGGUGACCGAAUCCCUGCUGAUAUUCGUAUCAUUGAGGCUCGAGGUUUCAAAGUCGACAACUCAAGUUUAACCGGUGAAUCUGAACCCCAAUCGCGUGGAGCUGAAUUUACUCAUGAAAAUCCAUUGGAGACCAAGAACUUGGCAUUCUUCUCUACCAACGCGGUCGAGGGAACGGCGAAGGGCGUUGUCAUCUGCUGCGGAGAUAAUACCGUGAUGGGCCGUAUCGCUGGUCUAGCUUCGGGAUUGGACACCGGCGAGACCCCAAUUGCAAAGGAAAUCCACCAUUUCAUCCACUUGAUUACCGGCGUAGCUGUGUUCCUUGGCGUCACCUUCUUCGUAAUUGCCUUCAUCCUUGGCUACCACUGGCUGGAUGCUGUCAUCUUCCUUAUUGGUAUCAUCGUUGCCAACGUACCCGAAGGUCUGCUUGCCACUGUAACCGUAUGUCUGACCCUGACUGCCAAGCGAAUGGCUUCCAAGAACUGCCUGGUGAAGAAUCUGGAGGCCGUCGAGACCCUCGGAUCUACUUCAACCAUCUGCUCUGACAAGACCGGAACGCUAACGCAGAACAGGAUGACUGUAGCCCACAUGUGGUUCGACAACCAGAUCAUUGAAGCUGACACCACCGAAGAUCAGUCUGGAGUACAAUAUGACCGUACCAGCCCCGGAUUCAAGGCUCUCGCUAAGAUCGCUACUCUUUGCAACCGAGCUGAGUUCAAGGGUGGUCAGGAUGGUGUCCCAAUUCUGAAGAAGGAAGUUGCCGGUGAUGCCUCGGAAGCGGCUCUGCUCAAGUGUAUGGAACUGGCUCUCGGAGAUGUACUGUCGAUCAGGAAGCGCAACAAGAAGGCUUGCGAGAUUCCCUUCAACUCAACCAACAAGUACCAGGUCUCGAUUCACGAGAGUGAUGACCCCAGCGACCCUCGCCAUCUGCUUGUCAUGAAGGGUGCUCCCGAAAGGAUUCUGGAACGUUGCAGCACUAUCUUCAUUGGCGGAAAGGAAAAGGUUUUGGACGAGGAAAUGAAGGAGGCUUUCAACAACGCUUACCUGGAACUCGGUGGUCUUGGUGAACGUGUACUCGGAUUCUGCGAUCUUCAACUGCCAUCUGACAAGUACCCAAUUGGCUACAAGUUCAACACUGAUGACCCUAACUUCCCAUUGGACAACCUCCGCUUCGUUGGAUUGAUGAGUAUGAUUGACCCUCCCCGUGCCGCCGUACCCGACGCUGUUGCCAAGUGCCGAUCUGCUGGUAUCAAGGUUAUCAUGGUAACUGGUGACCACCCCAUCACUGCCAAGGCUAUUGCCAAGUCUGUAGGAAUUAUCUCUGAAGGCAACGAGACCGUUGAGGACAUUGCUGCUCGUCUGAACAUUCCUGUAUCUGAAGUGAACCCUCGCGAGGCUAAGGCUGCCGUUGUCCACGGAACUGAGCUUAGGGAACUGAACUCAGAUCAACUUGAUGAAAUUCUGAAAUUCCACACGGAGAUUGUGUUCGCCCGUACCUCACCACAACAGAAGCUGAUCAUCGUUGAGGGUUGCCAGCGUCUGGGAGCCAUCGUGGCCGUAACUGGUGAUGGUGUCAACGACUCGCCCGCUCUGAAGAAGGCCGACAUCGGUGUUGCCAUGGGUAUCGCUGGAUCUGACGUCUCUAAGCAAGCUGCCGACAUGAUCCUCCUUGACGACAACUUCGCUUCCAUCGUCACCGGUGUCGAGGAAGGUCGUCUGAUCUUCGACAACUUGAAGAAAUCCAUCGCGUACACCCUGACCUCGAACAUUCCCGAGAUCUCUCCCUUCCUCGCCUUCAUCCUGUGCGACAUCCCACUGCCACUUGGCACUGUUACCAUCCUCUGCAUUGAUCUUGGAACUGACAUGGUGCCCGCCAUUUCCCUGGCUUACGAGGAGGCCGAAUCUGACAUUAUGAAGCGACAGCCGCGUAACCCUUUCACUGAUAAACUCGUUAACGAGAGGCUUAUCUCGAUGGCGUACGGCCAGAUCGGUAUGAUCCAAGCCGCAGCUGGAUUCUUCGUGUACUUCGUGAUCAUGGCUGAGAACGGCUUCCUGCCGAUGCAUCUCUUCGGCAUCCGUAAGAUGUGGGACUCCAAGGCUAUCAACGAUCUGACUGACUCCUACGGACAGGAAUGGACCUACCGCGACCGCAAGGCUCUGGAGUUCACUUGCCACACCGCUUUCUUCGUAUCCAUCGUGGUGGUGCAAUGGGCUGAUCUGAUCAUCUGCAAGACGCGCCGUAACUCCAUCAUCCACCAGGGAAUGCGCAACUGGGCUCUGAACUUCGGCCUCAUCUUCGAAACUGCCCUCGCUGCGUUCCUAUCCUACACCCCCGGAAUGGACAAGGGAUUGAGGAUGUACCCUCUCAAGUUCGUGUGGUGGCUGCCUGCCAUUCCGUUCAUGCUGUCGAUCUUCAUCUACGACGAGAUCCGACGCUUCUACCUGCGCCGCAACCCCGGCGGCUGGCUGGAACAAGAGACUUACUACUAAACAGCACCGACCACUGUCCACACCGUCGUGCAUCAGUUAGUUACUGCGUACAUAAAGUUCAUUUGUGUUCUUAUAUCAGACUGACAGAGGUUUGCGGUGCCGUUCCGGUAUAUGUGUAAUCGCUGUCGUGUACGCUUCUCACCGCUUGUUACCGCAUCGCUCCGCACAGGGGCACCUGUGUAUGUACCUGUCGAGUGUUAUAUAUAUUAUGAUGUUCGUUUCAUUGCGUAACGUGACCGAGAGGAUGCGGCUGCGCUGGCGCCGGUCGGGCCCGCGCCCGCCCCUCGCCACCGCACAUUCACUAUAAUUGUUUCUAAUGAACUAUGUAUGUAUAUAUGCACUGUGGAGAGUUUGAUAUUUGUGAUGAUAUAAAAAAUAUUAUACACACAUUAUUUAAAUCGUGGAUCAUGUUAUUUUUGUAUCGAGAUCGUUUAAAACGUUCGAAUAUCUCGAGUGUGAUGCGACAUCUGAUGAAUCUCUUGGAAUAUAAGUUUCAGUGUGCGCAGUCGGUGCGGGCCGGCCCGCGCUCUCGACGUCACGCGCAAGCGGCCGCCGACUCGGACUUCAUGUUACAGUAGUACGCGUUCAGUGACACUGAUGACAUUAUAAGAUAGAUUAAACGUAAUACUAAUAAAUUGUUUUUCACAUACUUAUGUAAUAAGUAAUAAAUUAUCGUUUAGCGGUAGUUCAUCGUUCGUGAAUCGAGUGGGCAGAAAGUAUGACGCCCGCCGCGCUCCUUGCUCGGCGGCCAACGAAACGCAUUUGUUGUAAAAUUAACAGUUAAGAAGCCAUUAUGAUUAUUAUAUUUUAAGUGAAUUAGAUUUAAGUUGAAUUUUUCGAGUGAAAAAAAGUUUAGUUGUCGAUUCGAUCGGGUGCAUGGUGUAUGAGAGGUCGAUGUGGAGUGCCUGAGUUUUAGUGUACUACUGCUUACUGUUAGGUAGGUAGUUGAAAUUUUGAUGCCGUAUUUUCAAUUGUAAAAGUAGAUAAAUAAAGCAUACACAGUCGCGAUCGCUUCGAGGCGCGGGGGGCGGUGCGCGCGCAGCACCGCCACACGUUCAUACAGCACUGCCGUCGACUAUUGUUCGUUCGUCUCUCGUCAGUCGGCCGGCCGCCCGGCCCUCAACCGACGCUUUUCUUUUCUAAAAUAAUCAGAUUAUUAGCGAAUUUCGUCAAAUUUAUUAAAAUAGGCUGCUCAUGGUAAUUACGUAAGAUUUUAUUUCUUAAUUAAAAGAUAAUAACAAAACGUAGGGAUGCGUAAUUAGAAAUUUUUAAAAUUAUACAGUUAUGAUAGAGUCAUCUUGUUUUAGUCGCCACUUGGCCCUUGCGCGGCAGGCUAGCAGCGAGGCGGGCCCCGUAGCACCGACCGCGCGGGGCCCGGGGAGGGGGCGGGCGCGGCACUCCCACCCGCCGAGGACCAAGUGGAGCGAGCAUUUCAAUUUUUCGUAACGAAUACAUAUAACAUUAUAAUAAUGGUUACAAAAGUAAAAUAUAACAUUAUAGCGACUAAUAAAAUCUAAAUUAUAUGAAAUGUUUAUAGAUUUAAAUGAAGUUCGUUUCUUUAGGGUGACCUUCUGUGCUUGUUUGAUGAGAACGAUGUACAUCUCACUGACAAUAGUCGUUGAUGAUAUUAUUGUAAUGAUCUGAUCUUUGUAAGCGGUUUGUUUAUCGUACACUGUAGAACUAACAUUGUUUUGCGUUCGACAGUUCUUUACACCAAUUCAUUUUAUAGUAUUACUCUGUUGGCUAGGAGCGCUGUAAAAAUGUAAGUGUUAAUAAAAAAAACAUUUUCAAAAUAUUAA